CAUCAAACAUCACAAAUAUUGUGCAGUUGUCAUCAGGUGCGAUAAAUCGAUUCGUUUACUAAAAGUUGCAGUUUGAUUUUUUUGAUUAAAAAAAAAGAUCGAAUUUGAAUUAGAGUGAACGGAAGAAAGCAGCCAUCGAACCGAACAACGAUCGACUAUGAUACGGCUUACAUUGAAGAAUAAUGCGAUGUGGAAUAGGAGCACAGUUGGCCGAUUGGUGUCGCGCGUAAACCAACAUAGAGCCAUUCACUCAAAUCCACACCAAUUGCAAGAGGCUGGCGUCGGAAAAUAUUUGAUCAUUCUAGCUCCAUUCGCCGCCGGAGCUGGUGUUGUCGCAUACGCCAAAUCCGAUGAGAAAUUCCGUAAAACUCUCGUCACAACCGUUCCAUUCUCUGAUCCAUUGCUGAAGAUUUUGUUGCAAGAAGAAGGCAAUGCGGUUAGCGAAGCAUCUAAAUCAAUCCAAGGUGCAACGCAAAAAGUGAUUGGUGUUAAGGAUUCCAUAGUCGGGUAUUUCGGUGAUGAUAAAUCGGCCAAACCGGCCGAUAAGCCAGCACCCGUCAAAAGCAGCUCAUCAUCUGCAGUAGCAUCACCACCUUUGCCAUCGAUUACAGCGCCAAAACCGACGGCAAGCUCACCAUCCGAAUCGCCGGCAACGAAAAAGGCAGCACCACCAGCCAAAUCAAAAGUGGUCGAGGAAAAACCACAAGCCGUUCCAAAACCAAGCGAACCCAUCAAAUUGCCACCAGUUUUGUCGCAACCGUUGCCACAAACAUUCACUGAUUUGGAAAAAGACAUCGAAGUCGCUGCUCAGAUUGCUGUCAAAGAGUAUCAGAAUGCGAUUAAGUUGUUGAAAGAAUAUGCUGAGGAUGUGAAAACGGUUGUGGACCGUGUCAUUGAACAGUCUGACCAUAGUCUGUGGUCGGUGCUGAAGAAUAAAACGUCGGCCCGUGAUACAGCCGUCGAGGCCGCUGAACGAACCGCACAAGCCGCUCAACAACAUAUUGACAAAUUGGAGAAGCACAUUAAAGCGGUCAGUAAAAAUGUGGCGCCCGAAAUCAUUGAAAAGACACAGCGCAAUAUCACCGUGAUUGCCGAUCAAUUGAGCAAAUCGAAAGAUUCGUUGUACGAAGCAAAGGAUUCGGCGAAAUUAUCCGAAAAAUACUGGAAAAAAGUCGAAGAAGCACGCAACUAUUUCAUCGAUCAAGUGCAAGCAUUGUUCCCUGGCGUUGAUUUGAGCUCGAAAAAUUUGCACUUGAGCAAAGAAGAUUUGGAUUUAUUCAUUGUGCACGCAUAUUCGCAUGUGCUGGCCUAUCAAAAGGAGCUGCAGAAAUUGAAUGCCGAAGGUGAAACUCGAUUGCGACGCGCUUUGGAUGCAUUGAAGGGCGAAGAUCAAACUGAAGCCGUCAAUCGACAAAUUGAAUAUCUGUUGGAAAAGGAAAAGCAAGCCUUGAACAUUGAAAAUCAGAAGAAAAUCUUGCGCAUUCAAGCCGAAAAUGAGGCAAAACUGCGAAAACAAUUGAAAGUACAGUCAGAAGCGCAUAGCGAUCAUUUGCAAGAUGCAUUGAUCGAAAAAGAAAAGGAACUCCGUCGCGUAUUUAAUAAUGAACUUAGCGAAAAAUUAAGCGUCGAACAAUCGGCAUACAAAAUUCAACUUGCCACCAUGUUGGGCAAACUCAAAGGAAUGGAUUCAGCACUGAAAGAAAUCGAGGAAGAAUUACAAGCUCGUGCCGACGCUGAUCGUCAAAUUCAUCAAUCGCAAGCUUUAUGGAGUGCUUGUUCAGCUUUGUGGUCAUCGAUGCGAACUGUUGACUCAACUAAACCUUGGCAGGACCAACUAAGACCUUUGGAUGCUGAAGUCGAAGCAGUUCGCCGAGCAUCGGAAAAAGACGAGUUGGUGAGUGUGAUUUUGGAUGCGCUUCCAGAUAAGGCCAAAACACGCGGUGUUUAUCCAGAGAAUGCGAUUCGUGAACGUUUCCUGAAAGUUGAACGAUUGGCCCGUCAAUUGGCCCUUGUGCCGGCUGAAAAUGCCACAAUUGUCAAAUACAUCUUGUCAUAUUUACAAGCGAUGUUGAUAAUUCAACCGAAAGAAUUGAUUUCACAGGCUGAACUUAACAAUGAGCCCGUUGACUAUGCCAAGCUAAGCACAUUUGAAAUUUUAGAUAGAACAAGGUACUGUGUUGAUCGUGGGAAUUUCACACAAGCUCUACGUUACGCCAAUUUAUUGCAAGGUGCAUCACGGAAUAUUGCCACCGAUUGGAUCAAUGAGACGCGAUUACUCUUGGAAACUCAGCAGGCAAUCAACGUGCUGUUGGCACAUGCUGCAACCAGUGGACUUGCUUUUCUGUAAUUGUAAAAAAAAAAACUAACUAAACCGAUAAAAAUCUGUUGAAUUAUGUUUUACCAGGAAAUUCAUUGUGUAAAGUGUACGACUUAGACGUCGAUAUUGUUAAUGGAAAAAUAAUAAUUGAAAAAAAAAACAACCAACAAAACAAGAAAUCGUAUUAAAAACAUCUAUUGAAUACUAACCUAACAA